AUGUGUGCUUGCGCUUCGCUCUCUCAUCGCACGCUCCACAAACUCGCGACUCCUAUUCACGAUUGUGAGCCAUCCGCCGUCCGUCGCUCACUGACUGCCCUUUGUGACUACCAGCUGCAGACGGGCACUAUCGCUCUGAUUCGAUCUCCGUGGCCGCAGAGCAUCAUCCCAGUCUUUCGAAUCCUCUGCGACAGGGUCCCGACCACCAGGCCUUUGCGCAUGCUUGCACUUUCCAGUUGCACGCUCCAUGGUGCCUAUGCUCACGCUCUGCACAACUUGAUGCCCCGGAUUACGUGACUAAGCAGGAGCAGAUCUUAUAGCAGACGAGCACCUCGACUACCGCGUGCAGACGUAGCCUGUAGCGGCGACUCCAAAGUCGCUUUGUCGCGGCACGCAUCGCCGCGGGUCUUUGCGUCGCAGUCUCGAGGUGGACAUAUCUACUCGUAGGAGA